AUGGUCGCCAUCAAGUCCCUGAUAGCUCUGAUAUCUCUGAGAUUAGUCAAUGCAGCACCACAAGCUUCAGUAUCGCCAUCAGCUGUAAGCUCUGCCAGCCCAUCGGCGUCAAAUUCAGCAACCCUUAGCAUCGAGGAAACGGACGAGCUAUUUAGCCUCCAUGAAGACUUAGUCAACAUCCCCUCCAUAUCAGGAGAUGAGGUCGAAGGCGCAAAGUUCAUAUCAGAAUAUUUGUCGGGGUUGGGGUACUACGUUGAGGAAGUCCCUGUUGGAGACACCGGCACCUUCAAUGUCUUCGCAUAUCCACAAGAGCUUAAAGACGGGGGUGUCUGGCCAGAGGUUUUGAUUACUAGUCAUAUCGAUACGGUGCCGCCAUUCUACCCUUUUGAGCGCAGAGAAGAGAAUGGCACAGUUUACCAUUUUGGUCGGGGUUCAGUCGACGCAAAGGGUCCCGUAGCAACUAUGAUCGUCGCAUCACACAAGUUCUUCCAGUCCCGGACCGACACGCCUAGUUUGGGUAUGCUAUUCGUUGUGUCCGAAGAGACUGGCGGCGCUGGAAUGAAAGCAUUUGCACAGUACGCCUCGAAUACGACCUUUCGUGCAGGCAUUUUCGGUGAACCGACCGAAGGCAAGCUAGCUAGUGGGCACAAAGGCAGUUUGCGCGUGGACCUGGAUGUUUUAGGCAAAUCUUCUCACUCCGCAUACCCUUGGCUUGGUGUAAGCGCCAUCAACUAUCUGACUGAAGCCAUCGUUGCACUCAACAUGCUCGAACCGGCCCUUCCCAGGAGCGAGCUACUCGGCGCAACAACUCUGAAUGCUGGCAUUAUUGCAGGCGGUGUUGCAGGUAACGUCGUGCCCGAACAUGCGAACGCCACUAUCGUGGUCCGUAUCUCUCGUAGUGAAGACGACGCUGUCGAUGUUGUCCAAGAUAUGAUGGCAGGCAUGCUCUCACCCAUCGUCGCUCGCGCGAAGGAAGCAAACGCUACAUUCGAUGUUCGUUUCUCAAACACUACAUACCCUGCACUUAUUCUCGAUACCGAUGUUGAAGGCCUGAAAGUCGCGCCUGUUUUCUUCGGUACAGAUAUUCCAAGUUUGCCUCAGGUGGGAAAGAAAUAUUUGUUUGGUACUGGGACGAUCGAAGUAGCACAUACGCCAGAUGAGAUGUUGAGUCAAGAUGAACUCGUGCAGGCAGCGGAGGCAUACGGUAUGAUCCUUGAAAGUCUAUUCUCAGAGUAA